AUGCCCCUGGACACCUCUACCUACAACCUGGCGCUCCUGCGCGUCGACGGGCGGCGCUGGAACGACCUGCGGCGCCAGCACGCCUCGAUCCGGACGCAGGCCGCCGCCGACGGGUCCUCGUACCUGGAGAUGGGUAACACCAAGAUCAUGUGCAUCGUGAGCGGGCCGUCGGAGUCCGCGCGGCGGACGGCGCAGUCGUCCAACGGGGCCGACGUGGCCGUGUCGAUCGUGAUCGGGGGGUUCAGCACGGUGGACCGGCAGAAGCGGUCGCGGACGGACAAGCGGCUGCAGGAGAUGCAGGCGACCAUCGCCAAGGCGCUGGCGGGGACGCUGCACGCGCACCUGUACCCGCGGUCCACGGUGUCGGUAUCGCUGCACGUGCUGUCGCAGGACGGGUCGCUGCUGGCCGCGCUGAUCAACGCGAGCACCCUGGCGCUCGUCGACGCCGGCAUCCCCAUGACGGACUACCUCGCCGCGUGCACCGCCGGGUCCACCAGCUCGCACGCCGCCGGCGACGAGGGCGCCGACCCCCUCCUCGACCUCAACCAGCAGGAGGAGCAGGAGCUGCCGUUUCUCACCAUGGCGACGCUGGGGGCUAGCGAUCGUGUCGCCGUCUUGGUCUGCGAGAGCAGGGUGCAGAUCGGGAGGCUGGAGGGCAUGAUGGCGGUCGCCGCGGACGGCUGCAAGUGGGUGAGGAAUUUCUUGGAUGGGGUCGUGAGGGAGAAGGGUGCCAAGAUGGUCAGAGAGGGUGCAGUGCAGAAGGGUGAUGUCGUGGACAUGGAUCUGGACUAA